AUGAGAGCAAACGAAACACGGGAUUUCAAUCAAGUCACCAUACAUAAUACCGAGUAUCAUCGUUUUCGUCCACAAUUAUUUGAAAUAAUAAAUCCCUUGCUUGAAUUCAUUAAUAUUCGACGUAUUGAAGGAAAGUUCUUGACAGAUAUAAUAGAACCAUUGAACCUUAUUACGCCUGAUAAAGUUAUUGACAUAUACAGAUUUCAUGCUAGGAAUAAUUUUAAUAUGAAUUUACCUUUAUCACUUACCGCCGAUGAACAAAGCAAUUUAUUUCCUUCCAUCAAUGGAAAGCCAAUUUAUGAAACUUAUCCUGAGACUACGGAUCCAAAAAAUUUGCAAUUAAAUGAGAUUAACUCUUCAGUCACUUUACUCUUAAGAAACCCCACAACCUUAGGUAAAUUCGAUAAACUUAAUCGUUCAAUUGAAGUUACAAAGGAAUUUUUAAGAUAUCAAAAGAGAGACUUAUCGUCACCGAUUAAAUCUCACGAAUUUAGUAAAUAUUAUCAAAGGAACUUUCAUCGUUUAUCACCAAUGAGGACCAUUAUCUUAUUCACUUAUGGAUUGGGAACUUAUGAAGAAUUAAUGAAAGACUAUUAUAAUUUUGAUGAAACCAUUAGACCGAAUCUUUUAAUCGGUUUAAAUUCUCAUCAUGUUUAUAAAAGAGCCACCUUUGGUACUCAAUUUAAAUUAAUACAUUCCGGAUUUGGUGAAAUCGACCUUGGG